UAACAUAUAAUAUACAUAUAAUAUAUCCCCCACUAUGUAUAGCUGUAACCUUCCCACUAUGUAUAGCUGUAACCUUGCAUCUGUAAAGGCUCCAUGUGUAGCUGUAAAGAAGAGGCAUCCGAUGCUAAUUGUCUCCCUCUCCUCUCUAUAAAGAGAGGGAGCUUACUCUCUUGUAAUAUACACUGAAACAUAAUAUAACAACACCAACUUUCAGUCCCUCUCUUUUUCUCUCCCUCGUUACCAAACUCACAUGGUAUCAGAGCUUAGAAACACAAUUCUGGCAUCCCUCAAUCUUAGGUCUUAGUUCCGUACACAGUGGACUAUACCAAACAGCUCGGAAUUUCCCUACGAUCCCAACGGCACCAAGCCCAUCACCAAACAAGCCUCCACGCGCUCUCACGCGCCGCUUCUUCUCUCGGCGCGUCUCUGCUUCCGUUGCCACUCUCACACGCGCUGCCACGCGCCUUCCAUCCUGCCCUGUCGUGCGCCGUACCUGCUACCGUGCACCAGCGUGCGCCGUUCGACUACCGUGAGCCGCGCGUGCGCCGUUCCGCUAUUGUGCACCCGCGUGCGCCAUUCUGCUAACAGACGCUGCCAGUCCCCUCUGCUAUCGUGCGCCGCACGCCCUUCCUGCUAACGUGCGCCGCUGACCUCAUUUUCCACCCUGCUGACAUCAUCCUUGCACAGCCCACCUUUCUUAGCUAUUUUCGACCUUCCGGACUCACUGGUACACUCUGUUUUACCUAAUUUUGCUCCUACAGGUCUCUCCCUAUCCAUUUAGCCCUCCUCCACUAUUAUUAUGGAUCGUCCUGAUGCCUCCCAUCCUAUUUCUGUUAUUUUGGAUGGUUCUAACUAUGUUCUAUGGGCCCAAGCCAUGUCUUCCUUCCUCAAAGGAAAGAAGCUCUGGCGAAUUAUCACCGGGGACAUCACCCAACCGGUCAAAGACACUGCUGAAACCACUAUUUCCCCUGGUACUCCUACAUAUGAAGAUCGCCUUGAGGAAUGGGACAGUAAGAAUUACCAAAUCAUUACCUGGUUUCGGAAUACGUCUGUUACCUCUAUCAGUCUUCAGUUUGGCCGCUUUCAGCUUGACUCUGUCACCACUCCUGCCAAAGAUAUCUGGGAUUUUUUGAAAGAACGAUACCAGGCUACUGGUCUUGCUCAUCAAUAUCAACUUCAGAGCCAACUUCAUCGGAUGCGCCAAGAAUCUAGUCAGUCCAUCAAUGACUUCCUCUCUCAAAUGUACUCCGUUUGGGACCAGCUUGCUCUUUCUGAACCAACUUGGCCUCACCAAGAAGAUGCUGUUUUAUUUACUGCUUAUCGUAAUCAGCAAAGGUUGGUGCACUUUCUUAUGGCUCUCACUUCAUCUUUUGAGCCUGUACGUGCCUCUCUUCUUCAUCGCCAUCCCUUGCCCACUCUGGAACAAGCUAUUUCUGAGUUGCUAUCAGAAGAGACUCGUCUUGGUACUCUCCAACCUCAUCAUGUGGACUCUGUUCUUGCCACUCCCCCGUACCAACCAUCAUUCCCCCAGCGGACCACUGCCUGUCUCUACUGUCAGAAUCGGGCCCUUCCUUCCACACAUCUCCUGGUCAAUUGCCCAGUCAGAACCUGCCGAUAUUGCAACAAACUUAGUCCUGGUCAUCUGCAACAGGAUUGUCUUCGCCAUCCAUCCCGCUCAUCCUCCAACAACCACUCUUCUCGCGGUGGUUCUUCUCGGGGGAACUUUCAUCGUUCCAGGAACCAAUCUCAUCCUGGGAAUCAGUUUCCUCACACCGCCACUGCUGCUGCUGCCGCUGAGGGUUUUUCUGAGUCUCCAGCUCCGUCUACCCCUCUCUUUUCUCCAACAGAUGUCGAGGCCAUGUUCAAACACCUUCUCUCCCCUUCUGGUACACCUCCUCCUACUGCUUUGUCUGUAAUUCCAGGACCCUCAGACGAGGCAGACUAUUGGGAUCGGCCGUAAGCACGGACGUCUCUAUGAGCUCAUUC